ACCUCUGGCAACGCUGCUUAUGACCACUUCUGAUGGUGUUUUGCUUUUUGUUGAUAGAUGGUCAACGUGUUUAAAUAUCAAAAUUAAGGAAAUACUUCCUUUUUUAUAAUUGCAAAAAAAAUUAAUACAUUAGUGUAAAAAGACAGCUAUGAAUCAGGAUACAGAUGGAGAAAUUACAAAAACAGAUGAACCUGAAGGAGAAUCCCAAAGUCUUGGACAACCCUUAAGUGAUUUUUUAUUACAACUGGAAGACUACACUCCUACAAUUCCUGAUGCUGUCACAGCUCAUUAUUUAAGAACUUCUGGUUUUGAACCAAGUGACCCACGUCUUUUACGUUUAAUUUCUAUAGCAGCUCAAAAAUUCAUUUCUGAUAUUGCUAAUGAUGCUCUCCAACAUUGUAAAAUGCGUAACAUUUCAAGCAGUCAUAGCUCAAAGGGCUCCAAAAAUUGCAAGGACAGACGCUAUUGUCUAACAAUGGAGGAUUUGAUACCAGCAUUGGCUGAAUAUGGUAUAACUAUUAAGAAACCACAUUACUAUGUUUGAGAUCCUUAAGAUGUGAAAGUGUUAAUGUAUUGUGAAAUGGUUUGUAGUAGUUAUUUAAAUGUAUCAAGUGUAACUUAAAAGAGAAAAGUGUAAUAAAUAAAAAAUAAAAACUUUUGUUUUUAAAUGGUAA